AUGAUUAAAGGAUCAUUAUGGCUAGCAGCCUCCCUUCCCAUGCUUGCAGCUGCCCGCAAUUGCACUGUACGUCCAAUUUCGGAUAAUGAGACCGUUGGCUGGCAGCCUGGCGGUUGCUACCGAGGCACUUGGAAUAUCAUCAGCACCUGCUUGUCUACUAUAAUCGCCUGCACAUGGAGCAUCCAACAUCUUAAUAUCCCGGCUACGGACGAUACCCAGUUUCAGAAAAACAAGAGGAAAAUGAAGUGGAUGAUAAUAACUGUGCUCUUCCCUGAGUUGGUCUUGAUUCACGCUAUAUUCGAAUUUCACAUGGCAUGGAAAGCCCUCCGAUUAAUGAGUGAUAAAGAAAAACCUGUUAAGUGGCCUUGGUGGUUUCGAAAUCCACCAUUAUCAUGGCUACCAUAUUGUCGCCGGUACUUGAAAGACAAAAACUUAGAUGACCAAGAAGCCAAAAACCUGGAGAGCCAAGAUGCCAAAGAUCAACCAAAAAAAGAAAAAUGGACUCUGGCUCACUGCUACUUUGCCAAUAUGGGCGGUUUUAUGUAUAUCAAAGGAAAGGAACGGCUUCCAGUUACCGCUCAACAGCUGGCAGAGGACGAUUCAUACCUAUGCCUAGAGAUCACAGAGGAAGAUAUCAAAGAUAAAAGCAAACAGGAUUGGCUAGCCAAGCUCUUUGCUGCUCUUCAAAUCUUGCAACUCAUCCUUUCCAUCAUUACGCGGCAUAUUCAAGGUGUGCAUUUUUCGCAGCUUGAAACAGUCACGCUAUCCUUUGCCAUUUGCGGCGUGCUGAUAUACUGCACUUACUUUUACAAACCCCAAAAUAUUGAGCGGGCUAUUGAGCUUAAAAACGAUAUGCGAGAUUCUAACGUUGUAUCACAAUACACAGCCGACGAUGCUCAAGAACCUGCAGUGCGAGAUUCUGACGACGUACCACAAAACAGGGCCGAUGAUACUCAAAAAGCUGCAGCUCGGUUCUUCUCGUUACAGUCUGAAAAGCCUUAUGAUAGUUUUUGGGCAAUCAUGCUGAAUAAACAAACUUCCCUCAAGAAACCUGACUCAAAGGGCCAGAAGACACUCAGAAUCCCGAAUGAUAAUAUACCAAUUUACAAGGGCAGCAAUGAAGUUCAUCCAGCAGUGUAUUUACUGGCACUGGCUUCUGGACUUUUUGGUGCUAUACAUGCCAUUGCGUGGCAGUUUGAGUUUCCCACUGAGGAGGAGAAGUUGCUCUGGCAAAUAUGUACUUGCAUUUCUGCAGCGAGCCCUGUCGUUGGCCUACUUGUGAUACCCUUCGCGCAGUUUACGAAGGCUUCAGGGGAUCCUGAGCUAUUCGCGGGAAAUUGCUUAAGACUGAUGCAGGAGUACUCUUGGCACACUUCCAAUAUGUCCCAUGCCAGCAAUUCAAUCAAUGAAUUAGAGGCUGCUCUUGCUAAUGGCAAAUCAAAAAAAUAUUCGGAAAUCUUCCCGUUAGAUGAGACAGGAGAAAGUCCAUUUGAGCUGCACGACGACAAACCUUUUGUUGAAAACUUCCACCGUCUUGUCAGUGCUGUAAAUGGUAGACAGACGAAGAAAAUCGACGAAGCAGCUCGGACUGACGCGUGGCCCAUAAAGCCGCUGCUUCCCCGUGGAGUUAAUCAGGGCGUUCUUAUUCGGAAGAUGCCUGGAUCUGUUUAUAUCGCGACAAAUUGGACAGAGUAUCUGCCGGCGUUUGGUGCAAUGGCCGCUCGUUCACGGAGAACCAUUGCCAUUGAACAGAAGUUAUUUCACCAUAUGGAAUCCAACCUGCUGCAAUUCUAA